UAACUUGACUUUCGACUUACACUAGGAAUAGGAAAAAAAAACAGGGUUAUAAAGGAGGUCGGAACUCCAUCUCCUAGGGUUCAAACUCAGUAGAGAACAUAAUUCUGCAAGAUCUAUAGUCGACGAUCUGAGAAGAUGCCUCGUGAUUGGGCCAAUCUGGACACUGAUUUGAUCGGAGCAAUUGUGAAGCGCCUUAGAAUCGAAGACCAUAUCCGUCUCCAAGCUGUUUGCAAGGGAUGGCUAUCUGCGUUGAAAGAGAGCACUUUUCAACCCCAACCCCAUCGGCAAAUUCCUUGGUUGGCCCUGCCAGAUGGCAAUAGCGAUACCUGCCGCCUUUACAGUUUGACUGACAAGAAGAUUCAUCACAUAGAGUUACCCGAGAUUCGGGAGAGGCGAUGCUGCGGAACUGCUCAUGGUUGGAUGGUUAUGGUAGAUAACAGCGCCAAUGUGUUGUUGCUCAAUCCACUCACCAGGUCACAAAUUCCACUCCCACCUAUUACAACUUUUCCUGAGAUUUCUGAAAUUGGUGAAGGAAAAUAUUAUUAUCCGAGUGACAUGCAGAUUGAGAUGCAAAGUGGAGAAUUCGUAAAAAAAAGUUUCCUUGAGAAGGUAGUUUUAAGUGGUAACCCGUCUCUUGCUAAAGAUUACGUUGUCAUGGCUAUUUACGGUAAUAUGCAGCGUUUGGCCUUCUGUAAGGAAGGAGAUGACAAAUGGACUUUAUUAGAACAUGAAGAUCAAACUUUCUUCGAUGUCGUCUAUUGGAAGGGAAAUUUCUAUGCUACAAAUUCCACUGGACGAGUUGCUGUUUGUGAUUUGGCGGGUCCAGUCCCUAAGGCAAGAAUAUUUAUGAUUCCUCAACCUAAAAUUGUAGGGUCACAAAAUUACCUAGUACCCUCAGGUAACGAAUUAUUAUUAGUUUCCAAGAAGUUAAAAGUACGUUCCCGUGAUAUGAAUGAUAUUACUAGUUGGAAUCUUAAUGAUGUUGAUGAGCACCAUAAUGAGUAUGGUGACAAUUAUGAUCAUGAAGAGGAAGUUUAUGGGAAUGCUAAUUAUGAUGACCACGAGGAUGAUGGGGUUGAUAACAUAGAUAUAGUUGAAGAGAAUCCUAAUUAUGAGGACAACGAUGAUGAUGACAAUAACUGGGAGAGUGAUGAUAAUGAGGACGAAGUUGAUGACUAUGAUAAUAGAGUUUUCUUGUACAAAACAGAGGAGUUCAGAGUUUUUAAGUUGGAUGAGGAGAAACUAUUUUGGGUCAAGGUUACCAGUCUCGAUGAUCGUAUAUUAUUUGUCGGCUAUAACUUUGGUUUAUCUCUCUCCGCUAAUGACUUUCCUGAGUGCAAAGCUGAUCAUAUUUAUUUCACAGACGACAGAAGUCACAUAUGGAAUGACCACAUUGUUGGCGGCCAUGAUUUGGGAGUCUACAGCUUGAAAAAUGGAGAAAUCGAGCCUUUCCCAUGCUGUCCAGAAUCUACUUGGUUAAUUUGGCCACCACCCUACUGGGUGACUCUUUCACCCUACUAGACCGAUUCAGUUAAAUGUCUAGGCUAAUCUUCGUGGUGGGUGGGGAAGGUUCCCUCUUCCCAAGCUUAGCCUUAGUUCCAGCAUAUGUGUUGGAUCUUCUGUGUCGUUAUGUUCCAAAUGUUGCUUUGCGCAAACCUUAUAUGUUUAUUUUCCAGAAUCAUUAAUCUGUACAAGCAAAAUUUUAUAGUAUUUAUAUUUCCUUAAUAGAGCAUGAGCUUA